CCAUGGUAAAUAUUAUGUGGAAACCAAUUUAGAUUGGAAUCGUAAAUGGCAUAAUGUUGUUUGGUCAGAUGAGUCUAUUUUUAACAUUAAGCAGUUUUCAGCAAGGCCAAUAGUUCCUAUCUGUAGCAAUGUAAAUGGUGAAGCUUAUGUUAGACUUUUAAGAGAGCAUGCUAUUCCUGCUAUACAACGUCUAGUUCCUAACGGACCAGAUAUUUUUCAGCAAGACAGUGCUUCUCCACACCGUUAUUGGAAAGCUAAAGAAGCUCUCAAACAAGCUGGUAUUUCUAUCCUACCUUGGCUUGCCCAAAGUCCAGAUAUGAAUCCAAUGGAAAACAUGUGGCAUGAAGUUGAAAGACGUUUGCAUAAUUCUCCGGAUGAGCCUACAA